GUAUAUGAAGUACCUCUACCCGUACGAAUGUGAAAAGAGGGGUCUGAGCUCCCCCGGAGAGCUCCAGGCAGCUAUCGACAGUAACCGCCGCGAGGGGCGUCGUCAGAGCUACGGGUCAGCCAUCUUUAACUACUCUCCAAUGGGGACAACCUCCAUCGUCUCCUCCCCCAAGAUGAGCAUGCCUCACCUGGCCAUGUCCACCCUCAAUGGAGCACAUGUGACCCAGGGACACAACAUCAAGAAAGAGGAUGGUCUGAUGGCGGGUUGUCUGUCGGGUCGUGUGGGGGGGAUGCCCAUGUCUCUGGGAGGUCACCCCCAAGCCGUGGCAGCUCAGGCGGCUGCAGCGGUACAGGCUGCAGCGUUGGAGCAGCUGAGGGAGAAGCUGGAGAGCGGGGAGCCGCCGGAGAAGAUGGUGAUGGCCGAGGAGCAACAGAGACUCAUGCAGCACGCGGUGCAGCAGAACCUCCUCGCCAUGGCAACACAGCUUCCCAUGAACAUCAAGAUCAACAACAGAGCUGAGCGGAUGAGAGGUGAGAUAAACCAACGCUAA